AUGGCGGCGAUUAACGUGCUUCACGAUGCCGAAGUCCUGGGCGACAAGGUUUCCGCCUCACACGAGGAGCGUAUGCAUUGGGGCGAAUUGACCGAGGAGGAACAGGCAAUUGAAAAGAAAGUGCGCUUGAAAGUCGACCUCCUGAUCAUGCCCAUGGUCAUUCUGGUCUACUUGAUGAACUACAUUGACCGAAACAACUAUGCGGCUGCCAGAUUGCAGGGUCUAGAAGAAGACCUGGCAUUGACGGGCGACCAGUAUCAGGUCGGACUGAGCAUUCUUUUUGUGGCAUAUGUUCUAAUGCAAGUCCCUUCAAAUCUCCUGCUCAACUACAGCGGCCGACCAUCCUUGUAUCUGGGCUUCUUCGUCGUCGCCUGGGGCCUUGUCUCUGCCCUGACCAGCCAAGUCACCAACUACGGACAGAUCGUGGCAUGCCGAUUCCUUCUGGGACUUGUCGAGGCCCCUUUCUUCGCCGGCGUACUGUUCUACCUCAGCAAAUGGUACACCAAAGCCGAACUGUCGCUACGCAUGGCGAUAUUCUACUCGGGCUCCCUGAUCUCGGGCGCGUUCGGCAACCUCAUCGCGGCGGGGAUUCUAUCCGGCCUGGCGGGCGCCCGAGGCAUGGCCGCGUGGCAAUGGCUGUAUAUCAUUGAGGGGUCGAUCACCGUAUUCAUCGGACUGGUGAUCUGUGUCGUGCUCCCCGAUUUCCCGGAUACGUGGAAAGCACUGAGCCCCGAGAUGAAGCGGGUGGCGAACCGACGACUGGCGAUCGACGCGGCCGAGGCGGACGUCGACGAAGCCGGGGUCAGCAGCCAGAUCCACGGCAUGAAACUGGCCUUCCUCGACCCGAAGACGUAUAUCCUGGCCAUCGCCUACCACGCCAUCACAGGCGCCGCGGGCUUCCAGAACUUCUUCCCCACCCUGACCCAAACGCUGGGCUACUCACGCAUCAUUUCGCUGCUGCUGGUGGCACCGCCGUACAUCUUCAUCGUCUUCUGGUCCUUCGCGCACAGUUACCUGUCCGACAAGGUCGGCAAUCGCUUCUGGUUCUUCGUGUAUCCCGUGCCCGUGACGAUCGUGGGCUUCGUCAUCUUCAUGACCACCGACUCCUUUGGCCCGCGCUAUUUCAGCUUCUUCCUCAUGAACUUCGUCUUCGCCAUGAACGGCACCUGCUACGCCUGGAUCAGCAAUGCCAUUCCGCGCCCGCCGGCCAAGCGCGCCGCCGCGCUGGCCUUCAUCAACUCCGUCGGCAACGCCGCCAGUAUCUGGACCCCUUUCACCUACUAUACCGGCCAGGGCAAGCAUUAUCCUGUCGCCCUGGGCAUCUGUAUCGGCCUGCAGGCUCUGGCGGCGCUGAUGGGCAUUACGCUAAGACUCUACCUCACGCGCCAGAACAAGCGGCUUGCCCGACUCGAAGACGAGAAUGUCCAGCUCUCUCAGCGGGAACUCGCCAAGCUGCAGAAGACGGCGGAUAUCGAGGGUACUGACAUUGCUGCCGCCCGCAGGAUGCAGAAGGGUUACCGAUUCAUGAUAUGA